AUGAUGCCGUCGCAACGUGAUAUAGCACAAGAUCAGAUCUACACGGCGGAACCAUUCGAGGACCCAACGCCAAUUCCCGUGGUCCCACUUACUACUGAGACGCAAGAGAACCGUCUUAAAAACUGGGUGUCCUUCUUGCAAGUCGCGAGUGCUUUCACUUUUUUGUUUUGUUCUUGGGGCUUGAUUGGCUGCUAUGGUACUUUUUUUGUUUAUUUCAAAGACCAUCUUGUUCCAGCGAAUUCAGCCUCAGAACUUUCAUGGAUUGGAUCAGUUCAAACUUUUCUGGCCAUGAUUGUUGGGAUUUUGACUUGCCCUUUAGUCGAUAAAGGAAACAUGUUUUCUAUGUGCACGGCGGGAUCCAUCAUCAUAGUUCUUGGUGUGAUGAUGGAUGCGCAAAGUACAAAUUAUGUCCAAGUGUUUUUUUCGCAUGGCAUCUGCAUUGGACUUGGUUCUGGUUUAAUCUAUCUUCCCUGUGUAACGUGCUGCUCAGAGUAUUUUUCGACAAGACGCGGAACAGCAUUGGGCGUUGCAACUCUAGGAAGUAGUAUUGGUGGCUUGAUUUGGCCUGUUGUGUUCAACAAUCUGCAGCCAAGCAUUGGCUACGUAUGGACAAUGCGUACUAUCGGUUUUAUGAUUUUGGGCUUGCUAUUUUUUGCGCUGAGUUGCUUUCGUCCAAGAAAAGAAGCAAUUGAGCCAAGAAGGAUGAUUGCCAUGAAUGUGUUCAAAGACCCGCCUUUCCUUAUUUUCAUUCUUGCUUAUCUGCUAUGCAUGUUUGGACUUUAUGUCCCAAAUUUUUUUUUGCCUUCGUUCGGAAAGCAUAGCAACUUCAGCAGCUCCAUCUUUCCCUAUACGACAUGCCUGUCCAAAUCUGGUGGUAUUGCAGGACGCCUUUUAUCUAUAUUGUUGACCCAGCGAAUCGGUGCGUUUAAUUUGUUCAUUCCUCGCACCAUCAUAGCAGCUGCUCUUAUCUUCGUGUGGGUUUCAAUCUCACAACAGGGCAGUUUUGUGACUUUGGUGAUUUUGUAUGGAUUCUUUACAGGAUCUCUGUUGUCUUCCGUGCCAAUGCUUGUGUCCAUGUUGACUGAAGAAGCAUCUGAGAUAAACUUGCGUCUCUGUAUGGCAAGCUUUAUUUCUUCGUUUGGUGUGUUGCUUGGUCCACCUAUUGCUGGCUCACUACUUCAAGUGGAGCCUCCAAAAUACCUCCAUGCACAGCUCUUCGCAGGAGUUAUGUUGACUGGAUCAGGGUUGUGCCUGGCCUUAGCUCGCGCCAUGAAGGUUGGUCUUCACCCUAUCAAACGUUUCUGA